GGGUAAAGAGGAAAGAUAACAAAAACUAGAGAAAAACAACAGAGAGAACUAAGAGAACCGUCUGGAAUUGCAAUUCCUGUCCUAAUUGCAGCGUAAAAUGGACUCGAUAAAGACGGGAGAAAAACUUCUUCUACUCUGGAACGAAAAUGAAACAACCAGCGAUGAUUGUACAAGGGUCUCUCAAAAGCUAUCAGACACAGUUGGAAGUACAAACUUUGAGCUUGGGUCUGGCAGUGGCACCUCCAAACUUGAGGCCAGCAAAUAUGACACAGUUGUCCUUGCCAAAGUCCUCAAAUCACCUUUGAAUGCAGUAGAAAAUAUCGUCCUUCUGGCCGAUGUCAGUCGAAUUCUCAAAUCAAGUGGUAGACUAGUUGUGAUUCAGCCCAGCUCAGACGACCUCGAGUCAACUUUGGUGCUCUCUGGCUUUGCCAACAUUUCCGAACCAGUUCCGCAGGCAGCCAUCGCCGACUGCAUUGAAGUCACGUGCACAAAACCUUCCUUUGAAAUCGGCAGCUCAAAGAAACUGGAACUGAAAGAAGACGCAAAGGCUGUGUGGGAGGCUGCCCAGAAAGGUGGGGUCACCUUGGAGGACACUAUUGACCCCGACCUGCUGAUCGACGAGGAAGACCUCAAAAAGCCAGACGCUGCCUCUCUCUUGGUUUGCGGCACCACCGGAAAGAGGAAGGCGUGCAAGGACUGCAGCUGCGGACUGGACAAAGUCCUUGCGGCUGAAAAUGCUGGCGACGAAACCCCAAAACCUCAGGACCAACCCAAAUCCUCGUGCGGAAGCUGUUACUUAGGGGAUGCCUUCCGCUGCGCCUCUUGCCCUUACCUAGGAAUGCCAGCCUUCAAGCCUGGUGAGAAGGUGACCCUGAAUGCAAGCAUGCUGCAAGAUGACAUAUAAAUGUGGUGGUGGCUUCAAUUAAAUUUGUAGCUUUAUUUUUCUGGGCACAUUAAUUAGUUUGUAAGAAUUGCUCGAAAACUGAAUAUUAUGUGAAAUGAAGGAAUACGUUUAAAUAAAAUUUGUUCUAAUGCAUA